AUGACAUCUUCCUCUUCGCGCGAGGGAGGUGGAGGUCGAAUCCGAGCGCUCUCGCCGCAUCCGCUUGCUCCUCCGAAGAGUGAUGGGAGCGGAGAAAUUACACAACACUCGGAUUCUGUGGCACAUACCACUGCAAACGGAUGGGAGUAUGCGAAGUCAAAGCAAAACAAAAUGGACUAUAAAACAAAGGGCGCACCCUCCUCCAACGGACUGGCGCCGUCAUCCAUGCAGCCGCUGGCUGGGACAGAUCAGGGAACGCAAAGGCCGAACAGGCCACAAGGGGACCGAGCCUGUGGCUGGACAAAGUCAAGCCCCCCACCACCAAGCCGGAAGCGGCCGGCGGGCUGCAAGGACCAUACAGGAGAGGACGUGCUCCGCCGCCUCCUCGCGCAGGCCGUUGCAAAAUCACGACGCGUUUUUGCGCCUUUGUUUGCCAAGUCAUAA